CUGAAUGCCAACUACCAUACUUUUAUUGAAUAGAUAAAUCGGCGGGUUUCAUGUUUGCCGGUGAAGAUAAAGAAUAGAAAUCUAGGGUUACAACGAUGACGGAGACUGAACAAAUCGCCGCCGCGAUUAAUCAAAUCGAAGAGAAGAAGCAAAAUCUGAAGAAAGCCUUCGACGAUCUCCAAUCACACCGCUCUCUCCUCUCACCUUCUUUCUCUCUCUCCUGGUCUGACAUCGACUCCCACUUCUCCUCUCUCCAAUCCUCCCUCUCUACCCGUUUCCGCCUCCUCCAAUCCGAACCUCCUUCACCGAACAACGAUUCGCCUAGAAUCGAAACCGCCGAUGAUCCAGAGCCACCGUUGGUGGUUACUCGCCCCGAGUUGAGAGCCUUAUGCGAGAAAAUGGACUCGAUCGGUCUAAGCAAGUUUCUGGCUGAUCAUUGGGAUGACGAUGCGAUGCCUAACCAAGAGCUCUCCGCAGCGUUUCGUUACUCGCCAGAUCCGGCGUCGAUGGUGCUCAACGCAAUCGAUGGUGGCUCGAGCAAGGGUAAAUCGGUUGAUGUAAGGAGAGUUUUCGUUUUGCUGAUGGAAGCUUUGAUUGAGAUUAACGAUGAUGUGAAGAUCGGAGUCGAUACGAAAGAUAAGGCCAAGAAGGUUGCUAACGAUUGGAAGACGAAGAUAGGUAACAAACCUUUCGAGGCGUUACUGUUUCUUCACUUAGUCGCAGCGUUUAAGUUAGGAUCCGAGUUCAACUCUGAGGAGCUGUCACGUUACGUGGCAAUGAUUGCAAAGUACAAGCAAGCGACUUUGUUGUGUAACAAGAUCGGUUUAGAUAAAGAAAGAGUCGGAGAGAUCAUCACGAAGCUUUUGAGUAUUGGGAAACCGAUCUUGGCGGUGAGGUUCAUGUACGAGUGCGGGAGGACUGACGGGUUUGAGCCGGUCUCUGUGUUGAAAGGUUACGUUAAGGAGUCGAGAGAAGCUGCUGAGAGAGUUUGUAAGGAGGAUAAGUACUCUCUCAAGUCGCAGAACGUAGCUACUGAUAAAGAAGUUAGUGCGUUGAAAGCAGUGAUCAAGAUCAUCAAAGAUCGGAAUCUUGAGGCCGAGUUCUCUGAGGAGAGGGUUGAGGAGCGUGUGGAGGAGCUGGAGAGACAGAAGGCGCAGAGGAAACGCAACGUGGAGCCGCCACAGCUGAAGCCGAAGGGGAGAAAGCGGCCUCGAGAUCGCAGUGGUAAUACACAAGUUCAUAGACAAGAAGCUGGUGGUGUUAUGAUUGAACCUAGUCAUCAUCAUGGCUUACACUUGAACCCUUUUGGUGUUGUGAACCAAGCACGUGGUGGUAUUGUUGGCCCUUACACGAACCCAUUAGCUGCUGGGCUCUAUAACUCAGCCGCACCUCCUCAAGCUGUUUACUAUGGUCAGCAAGCUGGAUUUGUAAUGCCGCCAUUCCACCCAUCUUACUAUUCUCAGUAGCAGACCAUUGCUAAUAGUAAGAUAUUUGUCUCCUGCAAUUAAAAAAAUCGUUGAAGUGAUGUCUGAGGAAGGAACUAAUUACAGUCUUGACUCUCCAUUACUCUUUAUGUAAAUGAAGAGUAAGCAGUUUUAUCAUGGAGUUGAUCUUUAUCUAAAUCUCUUGAUAGAGUUUAGUUCUUGAAAGUAAUAAAUAUUGUUUUGACUGUA